AUGGAGCCGUCCAUUCCACUUCUAGAGGAAUACAGUGAUAGCCCCGUAGAGCAUCAUGAAGAGAGCCAGUUUGAUCACGAGCCCAAGCCCAUCUUAUCACAACCGCCACCACCUCCACCGAGAUGGACAACGGGCAAGCCAUAUCGGCUGCUCACAACCUCGUUACUCAUAGCUGCUCUACCCCGGUUCCUCAGGCCAGGAGGCUUGGCCCGAAAAUCAGACAAAAUCCAUUCUACAGCAUACCUCGACGCGCUCAGAGGCUAUGCCGCAUGCAUAGUCUUUGCAGGUCACUUGCUCGGCUACCCGGCCGCCAUUCAGUACCCAUUCCUCCGGGUUUUGACCUCGAAUCGUGGAAUGGUCGAUGUCUUCUUUGUCAUUUCUGGAUAUGUGCUCAGCUACCGAAUGCUCAAGCUGAUGCGGCAGAAGAAUGCAGAUCUUCUGCUACAAAGUCUCGCAUCGUCAACUUUUCGACGAUACCUACGGCUAUACGUACCUACAGGAAUCGCCACUUUCAUCGCCAUGCUGCUCGUCUACACUGGUCAUAUCCCAAGUGCGCCUAAACUCGCCACAUUCAAAUUGCAGCUCUGGGAUUGGAUCGUUGACACUAUCUUCGCCAGUAGCCCGUUCGCGGAUCUCAGGGGUUGGUGGUAUGGCGACGUUUUUCGCACCAAAUACCUUGAUCAGAUGUGGACCAUUCCUGUUGAGUUCCGUGGCAGCAUUAUCCUCUUUGCCUUCUGUGCGGCGAGCUGCAAGUUAUCAGUGAAGGGACGAAUGGUCCUGACUUGGCUGGCCAUACUCGCCUGCUAUAUCUGGAACGUGGUGUAUGUAGCCCUGUUUCUGCUGGGUAUGUUCGUGGCUGAGUUGUCCCUGGAACGAGAUCAGGAAGCGCAUCAGCCACGCCUUCCAGCCUGGGAGGGAUUCUCUGCAGCAGGAAAACGGCUGAUCCGGUCUGUGGGCCUCAAUACUGCAUGCAUCGUCAUCUUCAUCAUCUCGCUAUUCCUCCUCAGCCAACCUCACGACCCCGGAUUUGGUAGCAAUGGUCCAUUCCCUUGGCAAUACCUGACCAAGCUGACCCCUAGCUGGUACUCUGGCCCCGGAGAGCCAAAAGAGCAUUUUUGGCUCGGAAUCGGCGCGUUCCUGCUGGUCCUAUCCCUUGAAUUCUACCCGAAGUUGCAAACCCCUCUCCGGUGGAACUUCUCCCUCUACUUGGGCGAGCUAUCGUUCGGUCUCUACGCCGUACAUCCCAUGGUCAUCUGGGCGUUGUAUAUCAACAAACUCACGCCAUAUCGGCAGAUCUACCUCGGGGAGUCAACCUUGGCGUAUUUUCCUGGUGUGAUCAUCACGAGCGUGGUGUCUUUGUGGGCUGCAGACUAUUUUGAACGAGUCGAUCGACGCGUGGUGCAGUUUGGAAGAUGGCUACAAAAUAGCACUUUUGAGAAAUGGCAGGCGCGAUGA